AAACAGUAACCAGAUAGAAGUGAGAGAUUCAAGUAGGUGGAGUUUGCAAGUUUUUAUCAAACGAUAAGCGCCAGUUGGGUUUUAUUUUUGUCGCGUUAACGCUUAUAUAAAACGGUAAAUAUCUAAAUUUAGUAUCAGUCGUGUGUUUGCUGUCGAAACGAAACGAAACGAAAGUUCGCGCGAGGGAAGAAGAAAAGGUUUAAUCGUGUUCGAAUCGACCUGAAUUUGAAUAGUUUUAGCACGUUUGUGUUUUCCUGUGAGUUCGUUUUUCGUUUUUACGGGACUCGAAUAAGUUUUUUAACCGCACCCUGGAACCUAAGGGAGUGAUGCUCAAUAGCUGUGGAGAUUGCGUCGGUAUACGUUGCCGUAUUAACGGGCUACACCAAACGUGGAAGUGGCUCCAUCAAACCAUCACCGUCCACGAUUAUUUGAUUUCUUUAGCUGCCUCGCACACGGACGCUGAAUAAAUCAAACCACCAAAAAAUUCAAAAAAAUACAUUUAAGGCAUAACAGCUACGGAGAAUUUUCUUGGUGCUAAGACUGUUUUAGUUAAGACAUUUUUUUAAGUAAUAAAAAGACUUAUUCCUUUUUCCUUGUUGAUUAAAAAACAGUGAUAAAGAAAAAUUUAUCGCGAAAAUGGCUUUAGCACGAUCUAAAGUAAACAAAAUCACUGCCGUUUUAAAGUCUCGUUCGAUCAAAAAAUCAGUAUUUAUAUCUCAAUCGAACGACGUCUACACCAAUCUCGCUUUAGAGCAAUGGUUGUACCAAAAUUUCGAUUUUAAAGAUCACCACGUUAUGUUAUUAACGAAAAAUGAUCCAAGCAUCGUCAUAGGACAUACCCAAAACCCAUGGGUUGAAACUAACAUUAAAAAUCAUAAACAUUUGGCCGAAAAUGGGGUUAAACUUGCUCGAAGAAUUAUUAACGGAACGGCCUCUUAUCAGGAUCACGGCAAUUUAAAUGCAACCUUUUUCACUUCAACCCAAGACCACGACUCUUUAUAUAACAUGGAAAUACUUCGUCGAGCUCUUUUUAGGGAAUAUACCUUAAAAACCAAUUUAGCUCUCAACAACGAUUUAAUGAUACGAAAUUAUAAGGUGUCAAAUGCUGCGUCAAAAAUCGGCGAUAAUAGCUCUUAUCUUCAUUGUUCCUUACUUGUGAACGUGAACAAACCUGACCUUGUUGAUGCCCUUUGCAAAACUGAGCCAAAAACAACGAUGAAGUAUAUGAAUUUGUCUGAUGAAAAUUACAAGAUUAACGUGGAAAGUUUAUUGUCAGCAAUUGGUUGGGAAUUUUUACGAACGGAAGCAUUGACCCUUAAAGAUGGUGGAAAAGAUUUGGCAAACCAACAAAAAGGAUUCAACAUGAUUAACCCCACUGAGAAAUGGUUUCCCGGUUUAAUGGAGAUUCGUGAUGAGCUCUCAAAAUGGGAUUGGAACUAUGGAAAAACACCAAAUUUUACAAUCACUCGUUCUUUUCACGUACCAAACGCGAUAUUGAAAAACACCGCUGGAGUUUCUUCCGAAUUAACCAUAAAUAUGUCGGUGGAGAAUGGUCGUAUUAAAGGUGUAACUAUGUUUGUGCCGCCCGGUUUGAGUAAAAGUGGAUUUACCGGGGAGGCGAAAGUUUUGACAUCGUUAAAAGGCAGGAAAUUUUCUGAAGACGCAAUUAAUUCCCUUGAGUAUUAUUUAAGAGGAUCCACCAAUGAUUCAACUGAGGAUAAAUUUGUUUCCGAUUGCGUUAGAAAAGUUAUGACGUCAUUUUAACUUGUAUUAAAGCCAUUUUUGCGUUUUAAGAUCUGCUUUUAUUAAUUUUAUCAAUAAGUUUUUUUUUUGGGUCGCUGACUCCACAAGAAUUAAUCAUAUCAUUUAUAAUUUGUUAAACGUGCUGACGUUUUAAUGAUUAUAUCUUUAUUAACUUUAUUAUUAAUUUUAACUUUAGUUUUAAACGUUUUAUGAUGUUAUUUUUUAUAUAUGGUUUGGGAUUGUUUUCUUUCUUUAUUAACCUUUAUUUUGUUUAUUAACAUUAACGUGUGAUAAAAAAUGGGGAAAUGAAAGUAAUGUAGCGUGUAGAAAAAUUUUCUAAAGUUGUUGUGCCUUAAAAUAAACUAUUUUAUACAUUUUAAAUGUUAUUAUCCGCGUCUAUUUCUAUGUUAUUAUGUAUUACUGUGGGUUUUUAAGCUAAUAAAAGCUAUUUCUGUACAAAA